UAAAAGAAAAAUAAAAAUAAAAACCCGUCACACUUUUAUCCUCUCCGCCGAGCAGCCACCGUCGAAGAAGGAGAGUGACGAUGAACAACUCCACCAGACUCCUCUCUCUCUUCUCACCACAUCCUCCUCCUCCUCCUUCUUCUAUCUUCCUACUCCGUGGCCUCUACCUCAGCCGCUUAACCAACGUCCGCCGUUUCCACCGCCGGGCGUAUUCUCCUUCCUCCGUCGGCUCAACCAAUAAUAGUUAUCGUUCUCUCCGUCAACUCGUCUCUUUGCCGCCGCUUAUUCCCACGUUUCCCAUCGGACGGUUCUACACUCACCAAGUCCAUGUCUCCGCCGCCGAUUUUGUACCUUCAUAUCAUCACCACCAGCUACCUGAAUGGGUAGAGCUACUCCAAUCUCUCUCACAAGCUGGUUACCUGUCAGAUUCCGGUUCAGUUUCCGGUUCGGAAAACGAGUUCUUUCCCGGUUUUCCUGAUGAACUUCUCCGUCCAGCUCUCGCUUGCUUAGCUCUAGCUCGUGAUCGACCUGAAUUACUUGAAAUGGUUUCGAGGAGAGAUGUUGAAGUGGUGGUGAACAAUGGAAAGCCAUUUUUAUUUAGGAGUGGUCCUGAUUCAGUUAAAAGGCUGAGCCUUUAUCUAAGAAGUGGCAUUGGUAAGAUACUGGAUUUGGAUAAGGCGAGUACAGUUGAUUUGAUGAGGCUUCUUUUGAGUUAUGUUGUGGAUGUUGCUUCUUCUGAAAGGAGCAAACACCAUAACCAAGAUAUUAUGGAGUCGUCGGUUCGAUGCCUCUUGAGCCAGAUAGCUAAGAUGACUGUUCGUACUCCUGAGUUGAAUGUUCAUCGCACGAUUCGAAAUCAGAUGUCAGAUAGUAAUGGACAAGGGUCUUAUCAGAAGAACAUUGAGAUGAAACGUGGUGACUGGAUUUGCUCGAGGUGCAGUGGCAUGAACUUUGCGAGAAAUGUCAAAUGCUUCCAGUGCGAUGAAGCAAGACCAAAGAGACAGCUAACUGGUAGUGAAUGGGAUUGUCCCCAGUGUGAUUUCUACAACUAUGGUAGGAAUGUAGCUUGCUUAAGAUGUGACUGCAAGCGACCCAGGGACUUCUCACUCAAUUCAUCCAAUUCUAGUUACUCAAAUGAUCCUGAACUUGAGAGAAGACUGGCUGAAAAUGAAGAGAAAGCACAGAGGUGGUUUAGUAAAGUAGCACAGGGUGGUUCUGAUGCAAACAGUAUUGAUACAGAUGAAGAUUUUCCAGAGAUUAUGCCAUUGAGGAAAGGAGUGAACAGAUAUGUUGUUAGCACUAGAAAAACACCUCUUGAGAGAAGGUUGUCUAACGCUGAGAGCAGUGUAGCUACAGAUGGAAACUCGAAUGGGAACGACAAUAAGGUUUUGGGAAGUAAAACACAUAGGAGCUUGAAUGAGAUUCUCGGUUCUUCAUCCUCUUUGGCUUCUCAAUCUGAUGACAAGAAUGUAUCUUCCAGGAGGUUUGAAUCUUCUCAGGAAAUAAACACCAAUUUUGUCCCGUUUGUGCCACUACCUUCAGACAUGUUUGCCAAGAAACCAGAGGAAGAAACACAGAUAGGUCUGACGGAAAACAACCAAAUGGAUGGUGUCACAAGUGACAAUCAAAAUGUCUUCCAAGAGGACAGGUCAAAUGCGAAUCUCUCUGGCAAAGAAACAAAUCGCCUUGAAGAGGAUGAUAAAGAAUCAGAGGAGAAAACUGCGAGUUGGUUCAAGAAGGUCAGCGAACUGCAUAACGUUUCAGACCUGGAAAACACGAUACCGGGAGAAAUUUCAUCUGACAAAAUGCCAAUCCGGAAAGGAGAGAAUCGGUUUGUGGUUAGCAGGAAGAAAGACCGUUCACUGACUUCUCCAGCAAACAAGAGACCACAAGAUUCAGACUUUGUCCCCUUUGUCCCUUUCCCACCUGACUAUUUCGCCAAAGAGAAACAACCCGAGCAAAAAAUAGAUACUAUUCCAGCUCCAGCUCCAGCUCCGGCAACAGAAAACAUUUCUCAGGUAGUAGAAGAGGAACCGAAACAACCAGCAAGCAACAAUCCGGAAACAAUGGCUUGGAGGAGCAAUAAUAGAAAGAGCUUGGAAGGUUCCUUAGUGAAGGAACCUGACUUGUUGGACAUGUCAGAGGAAGCAAAAGCAGAGAGAUGGUUCAAGCGAGUGGCCGAGAUUAAGAACAUAUCCGAGCUAAGUCAGAUCCCGGACGAAGAUUUCCCGUCAAUAAUGCCGAUGAGGAAAGGAGUGAAUAGGUUUGUUGUCAGCAAGAGGAAGACCCCCUUGGAACGGCGUCUAGCUUCUCAACGACACCAGAGAAAUCCUCAGAUCACCAACUAUGAUCCUGCCGGUGAAGGAGAUAAAUGACCUUGUAGCAUAACAUUUUUGCGGAGUAACAUACAUUCACGUUUUCUGUAUUUCUUUAGUUCAACUUCUUUAUAUUAUAUUAUAUUCUCUUAAACAUUUGUACACAAAAUGGGUAAAAACUCCA